CCCUCACCGGUGCUGGAUGAGAGGUGGACCCCGAAUCCGGGAGGCUGGAGCGGCACCGGAACAGCCAAAGGAUGCCAGCAGAGCCGGUUGGCGGGGUCGGCCUCGCCGUGGUAGCAGGAGAUGUCCUUGCUCUAAGGGGUGCAGGACUCGCGGCUGCGGAAACCUGGGCCCUACUUUGCCAGGCUGCCCAGGCCCUCCAGGACCUCUUCCUCUCCAAUGGUGGAGUGGUGGGAGGCUCGAGGAUGGGACCGGUGGUGACACCUCAUACGUUGGAACUGACAGCACGCGGUAGGGUGACGUUACAGCUGGCACCCUUGGAAACCGCACGAGCGUAUUUACCCCCUGAGUACCGGCCGGGUCGCAUCUACUCCGACACCGAUUCGGAGAAGAUGUGGAUGUAUUCCCUGGGUAGAGCCCUUCUGGAUACGACACCACGAGUUGCAGCUCUGACAGGAACUGUAUCAGUUUCUCCACCAUCGGCCCUUCAAUCAGUUUUAGCAGCCAUGACCGAACCUGACCCCCGUCGUCGUGCUUCCUUGAUGAACCUCCUUGACGUGAUCUCGGAGUACUGUCGAACGCGGCUGCAAUCGAAGCCGUUUACGCACAUCGUGAUGGACAUGUACAGAGAAGUGGUGCGAUCGCCCCAAUUCGCGGCGCGAAAGCGACUCGUCUUCCAGCAAACGCGAUUGACAGUUCCACCCCAGAUAGCCCAUCACCAGCACCCCCAGAUGCAGCCCCACCAGCCCCACCAUCAGCACCACCACCAGCCUCACCAGCACCACCAGCAGGACCAUCAACCACAGAAUCAGCAGCUGCAAAAUUACCAGACCCACCAGGCACAAAAUCAUCAAUCGCAUCAGACACAAAGCCAGCAUCAGCAGUCGUCCCACUUCUCGAAGCACCAGGCCAAGGGUGCGCUUUUCAAGGCCCAGUCCCGCAAUUCAAGGUCCCAUCCGAAUCUCCUCAGUCUGUCGGGGUACGACAUACCUCUCGGCGAGGUAGCGAGGCCAGAAUUCCAGUCGCAGUUGAACAUUCAAGCCAGCUAUGGGGUCCCAGCAGUUCGCCAUGCCAGGACGAAUUCCCAGCCGGAGUACUCCGAUCGCGGGCGCCUCCCUCAGACCACCAGCAGCCAGGACUUCCUCGAGGCGGAGUCCAACCGGAAUUCUCAGCUGUAUUCCGGGAAUAUCUACAGUGACCCCAUCUACGCACUUCCGGUCAAGCCGUUCCUCAGCUCGCAAGACGUCAGGGUGAACGGCUUCUCCGCGAAACCUCUGCCUAGGAAUGAUAUCUAUGCCACGGCUAAUGGAGUGUACGCCACGCCGAGGGGUCCCGACACCAGGAGCGCCAUCAACUCGCAGCCCAACAUCGCCCACUCGGCCCAGGUCAUGAACGGCUUGGUACACUCGAAAGAGGACGUGUACUCGAGGAUCCCAAAGUGCGAUCCAGGGCUGGAUCGACAGUACUCGAACCCCCAGCUGCCCUAUAGGAGCCAGGAGUCCAAUUUCCGACAUUCGUCCCAGCCCAACGUGGCGUCCGGCCAGCUUCAGGUGUACCCAGGGCCAACCGGACAGCAGCAGGCCCAGUCGAAACAACAAAAUCCACUGUCUUCCAUUAACCCGAGGAGCCUGCCGGCAGGUACGGUGCCGCCGAAGCCGCCGAGGAUCAUCACGACUCUGAAGAAGACGACCCCGCGUCCAGACUUGGCGGACCCCUCGGUACCACCCGCGAAACCACCAAGGAUCGGCCUUAAAAACGGACCAAGGGCUCGGCGUGGAAAAGCGGUCCAGAGAGCACCGUCUCGCCUUUACAGAGCCAUUGGUGGAUCGUCAAGGUGUUUUAACAAGACGCAAUGCGUUGGUCCGGAAUUUGUAAUUCGCGCCAACCAGCCGCCUAAAGUUCUCAACGUCGGAGAUGUAAAGAACGCCAACGUCGGUCGGAUAAUCGUUAUAAUGCUAACUGGGCAACGCCUCGAAGUAACUUGCGACUCUCAGAGAAUUACAGCCGGAGAAUUGUUUCAGGCGAUCGUCCAGACGGAAGAACUCGACGAGAACUUUACUCUAGGAUUGGCGGCACUUUUGGCCGGUGAUUUUGCCAUUUUACCUCCUGACACGAAGUUGAACAAGGUGGCACCUCCGGGCUGGUUGAACAGCGUGAAGAGCAAAGGUCUGCUGGGGCUCCCAACUAGUUUUAUGCUCUACUUAAGGCUACGAUUCUUUUUACCUUCUUUGCGUGGAAUCAGAAGCUGGAUUUCGAAGCACCUGCUGUACCUACAAAUCCGUCGGUGCAUUUUGGAGCAGCAGCUGGUGUGCUCUUUGGCUCAGCUGAUCAACUUGACUGGCCUUGCUCUUCAGGCAGAAUUUGGCAACUACAGCGUAAACGAGCACGGUCGCGGGGAUUACUUCCUGCUGGAGCAUUACAUCCCGGAGUCCUUGAUCCUGGUUGACCAAACACAGCUGCAACUCCCUGGAGAAGCGGAGGCGCUCAAGAUGCGUCUUCAUCAAGCCCAUCGGGACAGGAGAGGACUAGACGCCAACAAGGCUGAAGAGAUGUUCAUAGUCCACGCCCAAGCAUUGCCGGACUACGGAUCGCAUUACUACAUCGCGACGAUAGACACGAAGGAGCUGGGCAAGAUCGUCUCCCAGCAGAGGAAGAACCAGGAGAACCUGGAGACCGAUAGGCUGUACGCGGAACCAAACAACAUCUACGAGCUGGAGAGGUCUUCCGAAUAUCCCGUCUAUGGGAGGAUAGAAUUUCCGAAAUUCGGCUCCAGGGAGAAUCUGCAACCGGUUCCCUUUGGUGACGAGCAGAAGAUGAAGUCGCCAAAGAGUGGGAGUCUGAACGACGGCGUGUACUCGAAACCUAAGAGUCCUCUGAGGGUAUCCAGGACGGAGCCCAACAAUAAUAACAGAGGAAGCAACAACAGGACCUGCAAGUCGAAGAAGACGGAGAGUAACGUGUGGUUGGCCAUUCAUGCCCAAGGACUGAAGCUGUUGGACCGAGGAGGUCGACCCAGGGAACGAGUCGAGCUGGCCAGGUUUCAGUGGAGGGACAUUCAGACCCUGAGCUACAACAAGAGUUGCCUGGUGAUAUACAGCAGACUGAACGGCAAGCGCUGCAAGUUCAAGCUCAGAAUGGAUCACAGGAAGUCCUACUUUGCCUUCAAGCUCACCUCGCUGCAUCAUCAGUUCUUCCUGAAACUUCGCUCGGAGCUCACCUCGCUUCAGGGAUUAGCGACAGAUUUUGGAGUGCCCCUGAUCGUCGAGCCGAACUCGCCGCCCCCCAAACUGAAGCCGGACAACGGAAAGACUAAGAUAUCCAUAGCGAACUCCGUGAAGAAGCAGAGGAACUUGAAGUGCACCAUGCAGCUGGAGGAGUUCCAGAACAAAGAGAACGAGAAUCCCCAGAAGGACUCGAAUCAGCUCCCGAAUUGCAACAGUACACCUGUUCACGAGCCCGUCUGCUACACCCCCGAAGACGAUGCUCUUUACGCACAAGUGAACGCGAGGUUAGAACCCGAAGGAGAAUCUAGAGACACCGAAGACGAGUUCGAUAGAGGAAUGAUCGCAAGGGCAGACCUAGCCGUGGAGCAACAAGAACCUGAGAAGGUAUUCGAAGGCGACGAGCUUUACAGUCGUCCAAAGCUUGAUUUUAGGGAAAAAGAGAGCGCUUAUUCGGUUCCCAAACCAUCAUCGCUCAGUGAAGACUGUCUGAGCGUAAAGACGGAGAAACCCGAAGAGCUGUAUGCAGCUAUUAACAAAAGUGGACUACCAAAGAAAAAUGACUUCCCCGUUCCCGAAGAGGUGUGGGACGUCAUGGACGCGAAAAAGGCGCUCCACAAGGUGAAGACAUCUAGUUUACCGAAUUACGGUUCGCCGAGGCAAUCCAGUGGAUUUCGCACCCCUAGCCUGCCACGCCGACUAGGCGUCAAAAUGGGAACUCGGGCCAUCUACAGUUCCCUCGUUCAGAGGGAUCUCGCCCUUGCCGACGACCUGGAAUCGAUGUCUCUCAAGUCGGACACAGCAUCCUCCCUGAGAUCCGCUUCCGCGAGAUCAACGGAGUCCCCCAUGCCCGAGGCAUACGUUCUCAAUACGGAUAUCAGGACGAAUGACGAGACCUUCCGAGUCCCGGAUGACGAGACCAUGUCCUCGUCGCUAGCCGCGAGGUUGGAGGAGCUGUCCUUUGCCGAAGAGAGGAUUCUGCACACCAUAAAACUAGAGAGAGGACACGGGGGUAGCAUAGGGUUGCAAGUGACGGAGGGUAACGAUGGUGGAGUCUACGUCCAGGCAGUUUCGGUCGGUGGAUCAGCCGAUAUGGCAGGAAACGUGAACAAGGGUGACCGAAUCGUGGCUAUAAACGGCCAAAGCUUGCUGAAUUUUAGAUACGAAGAGGCUCUGAAGAUGCUGCAGAACUCGCCGGAAAUGGUGGAGCUGGUCCUCUCACAAAUAACGAAUCGAAAGUACGACCUGAGACAAAACGAAAAACUUGCGAGCGUCGACAGGAAUUACAUGCAAGACAUCAGAUUCGACGUCUCGUCCGAAGCUGAGACUUCAAGUAUGACCACGAAGUGGUUGGCCCAGAAAACGGCGGACGUGGCGUCUGUACAAAAUACAUCGAGUGCAUACAGCAGCGCAGCUUCCAGUGCAAUGGACAACCACAAUGCAAACAGUUUGUACACAACGGAAGUGGUCGACACGAACGGCUUCAACUCCGCCAGUAUGCUCCUCAGCAUCGAGGACUUUGAUCUCAGCCGAACGAGUCGUCAAGUUUUUAUUUAGGUGAUAAGAGGAGAUCGCGGCCACCCCGCCAGUGCCUCCCCGGCGUAAAAAGCGAAAAAGCAAGACAGUGCCAAGAGUGGAAUCUACUUUG